AUUCAUUGGGGGUAAGUCAUGUGCAUUAGACUUGUGUUGGAUGUGCUUUCAGGUUAGCAGGGGAAGAACUGCAUAGCUGAAUUAUAAGUGGCUUUCUGAUUUUGUUUGUGAAGAAGAUCUGCAAGCAUCACCUGCGAAACUAUAUGUUCUGGAAAAGCAUUUGGAAAUAUAUUGGAUUGUGACCAGCUACUACUUCCUGUAACUGUGAAGGAACCUGAACACUAAUGUAUGGCAUGCCAUUUGCAGUCACUUUUGCCAUUGUAAAAGCCAGGCUUUCGCUGUUUCGGGAACAUCAGUUUACAUUUCUAGUCCAAACAACAUUAAUAUAUAGCACACUAUAAAAGAGAAGUGGAAAACAUGAGGCUAUGUUUAUGUUAAAGGGAAGGAUUUGAUGAACUUGCAGCAAUUUCACACAUCCGGUGACUAGGAGUAUUUUCUCUUGAAAACCUCAUCUAAAUACAAACCAAGUGUUUGCUGUGGAAGAAUUUUUGACCUUAAGAGAAGCCGAAGUACAUAAGAGUUUGCAAUAUAACAAAUGCAAGGACGUCCCCCCACUUUUUUCCCAGAAUCAAAGCUGGAGAAAUAUUUCUCAGUCGCUCAGUUAUUGCUAUGCAGCUUUAAGCAGGCAGGGGAAUGCUCGUUUUGAGGAUACUGUGGAUUCGUUUUGCUUUAUGGACACUGAUUAUCAAGACCUGCAAGCUAAGUAAGUACUAUAGCCCUUUUUAAUGAAUACAGAGAGACUAGUUGACCAGUUAAUUUGCCGAUACACAACAUGCCUUAAACUGGUGGAAAUAAGAAACAAGGGACAAUGUUUGCUUGGGACCAUUUGAUAUUUAUGAUAGUAGGGCGGGGAGCAAAGGGGGGGGAAUGAGGGAAUAUUUGUCAGAAUGCAGACCAAAAUAUUGCACACCUCUGUUUGAUAAUACUGUAGAGACUACAGCGACAGGUGUAGGAUUUUGCUAUGGAGCUGCUUUGUACAAUACUCGACAAGGCAGCCUUGUGUUUGCUUCCAAGUAUACCCUCAUUGGGAAUCUAUUCUGGAAGAACUGGUAUGAGGAACCGCUACAAAAUUGUGUAUUUGCUAUCACAUUUUUGUUGCAUUCAUGCAUUGCGUAUUUUCAUUGCAAACUAAUAUGGGCACAUCUUAAAAAUGUAAAUGUAUGAAGCAGCCAUGCCCUUCCCAAAAUCAACAGUAGUUUUUUCUACAAUAAAACAGUGUAGUCCAUACCAAGAAAAGAAGAAGACUGGAGAGCUUUAAAUCUGCUUGGCAAUUUCGCAAGCUGUAGUCAUUCAAACGGCAAAGAAUAUCUUAUCUGCACUUUUUAAAUCUGCAUCCUCCAUUGUAUUUUUGCUCAAUGUGAAAAAUACAAGAACAGAUGUGCAGUUCUAGGUUAUAUUGACAUGGAUUUAUUUUGUAUGAACAAAGGGAUUCCAAUCGUGAUAUUUAAUUUUGUACAAGGAAAGAACAAAGGAGCAAAUGGUCCCCUUGUUGAAUAUAUUGUUUUUAGCCUACUUCUUUGUUCUGGGGGUUUUCAUUCCUUUUUGAUGAAAAAGUGCACAGCCUUUCCAUGUAGAUACGUAGAAAGCUUUGUCAUUAUAUGAUGAUGAGAAUUACGGUACAUUAAAGAACACAGUUGUCACGUAGAUACUAGGCAAAUAUUCCAUAAGCAAAUGUAUAAGCAUGAAUUUGGCUGCUUUUAUUUUGGAAUGUCAAUGCAAAUAGGUAGUUCACUUUCUAUAAGCCAACAAGUUUCAGUGUAUGUGUGUGUUUCUGAUUUUCCUCCUGGCUAAGACAACUGCAGUUUCUCAAGUUACAUAAAGAUCUACUUGUUAAGAGUAAAUCUGCUGUGGUUUUUUUUUAGUUUUUAGAUGUUUUUAUUGGACAACGAGAGAGAAAGUUUGAAAUUCAAGUGCACUGGUUCGUGAACCCAUAUGUUCCAAGACACACUGAAACAUAAACAACUGGCGGUAUAUUUAAUAGCUUGCCUUCCACGGCUGCCAACCUAAGUGACCCUCUCUGAAAGUAGCUCUUCUGCAUUAUGAAGAAUUUCUCAUUUUCCAAAGAUGACUAUGAGCCUGGCAUUCCUUUCCUUCCCGGCUUUCUCAACUCCACAAAUGCACCAGCUCUUCCCGAAAGGCAAUCGAGAAAUGAACAAUUAGCUCUGGUAGAAAUCGCUGUGCUGGGGAUAAUAUUUGCGACAGCGUCUGUGGGCAACAUCAUCCUCAUCCUGGUGUUAUGGAGGAGAAGAAUGAAGCUGUCUAGGAUGUAUGUGUUCCUGCUUCACCUGAGCAUUGCAGACCUGAUGGUUGCAUUCUUCCAAGUCCUUCCGCAGCUCUUUUGGAAAAUUACAGAUGUUUUCAUGGGCCCAGACAUUCUGUGCAGAACCAUCAUUUAUCUCCAGCUGUUGAGCAUGUUUGCCUCCACUUAUAUGAUCGUGGUUAUGGCAUUGGAUAGAUACCAAGCGGUGUGCCACCCCAUGGCCUCUUUUCCAAAGAAGGCGGCCCUUUGGAACCCUCCAAUCUGCACAAGCUGGUUCAUUUCUCUGGUCUUCAGCGUUCCCCAGGUAUUUAUCUUUCGGAAGAGAGAGGUAUCCCCAGGCAUCUUUGACUGCCAAGCUGACUUCAUUGAACCCUGGGGCACAAAGGUGUAUGUGACUUGGAUUUCCAUCGCUAUUUUCUUCCUCCCCGCAGCUGUCCUCAUCGUAUGUCAUGUGAGGAUCUGCAGAGCAAUUCAAAUGCAUAUGCAUUUGAAAAGCUCCAAUGAAUUGGAAGUGACGAAUCAGAAGCAAAUACAGCCAUGCCAGGGAAACAAUGCAAGUUGUACAUCGAAGGCUAUGAUCAAGACUAUAAAGAUGACAGUGGUGAUAGUGGUGGCUUAUAUUUUCUGUUGGUCACCUUUUUUCAUCGCACAGCUGUGGACUGCCUGGCACCCCAGUGAUGCUAGGACUGAAGGUAAGGCCAGUGAUCUUGCCCGAUACAUAGCCAAUAAUCACAUUGCUAUAUAUUUAAUAUCUGGGUGGAUUUAUAUUCGUUCUAAAUGUGGGCAUAAUAUUAAAUGGCUUAAUAAGAAAAAAAUCAAAUGGCAUUUCUUUGCCAAUUUAAAGAACAAACACAGGAAAUCAAUUGUUUUUAAAUGAGUACAAUUUUGCUUCAAAACUUAUUGAAAUGCUUGCGCCUCAAAGGCCGCUGAAUGUUACACCCAUUAUGAUUUACGAACAACUGGAGCAGAUCAACUGGAGUAUUUGCUCAAGUCAAAACUGAACGAGACAUUUCCAAAUAGUCUAUAGUGCAAGAGAAACACUACGUUGAAUUGAACAAUAAUCUGAUUCUAGAGAAAUAUAGACUGGAUUAUGAAACUGUGACAAAAUGUUUCUAAAGACAUUUGGAAAAUCUUCACCUGCUCCCAAACAAAUCUAUAGUAAGUUAAUUGGUUGAAGAUCAAUGGGAUCAAAAAGUUAUUAUGUAUAUAUUUUAUUAACGUUCUUUUAUUGAGAGUGAGCUUACUCUUCAGGGCAUAAACAUCUGUUCAGGGUAUAAAAAUCAGUUUUUCAUUAAGAGAGAGAGAGAGAGAGAGAGAUCAUUUCCCCCGCAACAUAUUCCUUUGUCUUCUCUGAAUGACUUAUAAAUUCUUUUCCUUUCAGGUCCAGUAAUAGCCAUUCUUAUGCUCCUAGGGAAUCUUAACAGCUGUGUUAAUCCAUGGAUUUAUAUGUACUUUUGUGGUCAAAUACCACGUUGUUCAAAAAAAAUACAGGACAACGCUACAGCUCAUGAAGAAUCUACCAUUACAGGCAGUGUUAACUUCGGAGAGAAAGAAUCUGAAGACAAUAUCACAUCUGUGUAAUUAUAAACUCCUGCCUUUUUGGCUUAUGUUUGUUUCAUUGAACCAUUUUUCUAAUAUGGGUAUGUGCACAUGUGGUAAGAAACAUUGUUUUCUUUAUAUAUGUAUUUCCUUAACUUUGAAGCAAAUAUAUUCAAGGUUUAAAAAUUCCUAGCACAGUGUAAAAGGCAUGUUAUAUGUGAAUAUUUUUGCAUGCCAAGUGCUGAACUCCAUACACACCAAGGUACAUCUCAAACUACAUGCAUUCAUAGGCUCCUCUCAAUUUUGUAUCCUCCUCCAGCAAGUUUAGUGAAUGUAUUAUAAUGUCUCUAAGACCUUUGCCACGGUAAAAUUGCUUUAUGAGCUAUUGUUUGUUUUACUCCUCCUAGUCCUGUGGGCAGGAUGGAAUAGACAUGUCAGUGAGCAGAACAGAAAUGAGUUAUUAAAGGCACUGGUGGCUCCAGUGAAAUGCUGCAAGGUUGAGUAUAAAAUCCCAUUGUUACAUGGUCAUAUUACAUGGAACUUUUGAUCUAGAAUGUCCAACUGGAGUCUUGCCAGCCAGACUUUACUUUUCAGGAUUUUCUUGUACUCCUGCUUCCUACCUUUUUAUUCAACCUUUAGUUUUUCACCUUUUGUUCCUCUCAAGUCUCUCUGAACCUCCUCUACUGACAUGCUGUGACCAAUGAUUCAGCUUCUGGCACUGCCCUUUCAAAAACUUGGCAAGGGCACUCAGUUUCUUGGUAUUGACGUUUGGCUCUACAAACGUACGUUUUGUAAAAUUGUGAGAGGACCGCGGCCUAUUUCCUGGCUGUCGGCUCACACUGUGACUCACAUCCCGGGCAGCGCCUUACAGCCACAGUCCCGGGAGGACAUUAUCACAAUAUCUCUUUGUGGGUCCUCUAGCACUUGAUUGUGUUCUAUAAACCUCGUGCUGUUGGCAAAGCAAAUUAUGCACUUAAUCUGAAUUAAUUGAGAGAGGAGUAGUCAAUUAUUUAUGAUGAUCUUUCUGUAACUUUGAUAUGAAACAAAGAGUGGGGACUGCUGCAAACUUGUAAGAACAUAGCAAACUAUUAUGCUAAGUAGCCCAACUGUCUACAUUGAUUGGCAGUGGUUAUUUGGGGUUUUAGGCAGGGCGAUCUCCUGGUCAUACUUGGAGAUGCUGGAGACUGAGCCUAGGAUCUUCUGGGUGCAAAAGCAGGUGGUCUACCACUGAGCUAUAGUUCCUUCACAAUCAAAUUACUGCCUCAUGCAGGCAGCUUUUGCUGAUAUGAAUGCCUUCCUCUUAUAUAAAUAAAUAAAUUCACAUCAGCUUUGGUAGGCCUUUGAACUAUGGAUGGUACAUAAUGCCAUUAUGAUAAUGACAGUAGAUUUCUUGGGGCUCAGGAGGGAUUGGCAGCUCUCUGAUUAUGGGAUAUGUGGUAUAGUUGUGUCCCAUUCUGCAGCUCACAUCACAGGAAGACUGACAAUCGGCAAAAUGAAAUAGAAAUUUUAAAGCUUUAUUUUCCCUCUUAUUAAACACACUGGUUUUUUUAAAAGGAAGGAUGCUUAAACAAAUAAUUAGCACAUUGUUCAUGACACUGAGCCUUGACACUACACAGUGAAAACUGAUAAUUAUAAAUUCAAAUUUUGCUAAUUUUAACCAAAUUACAGGUGUGUGUGUGUGUACACAUGCACUAUAUCACAUGUUAAAUCAGUUUAUUUUUGUUUCUGAAAAUGACUGUGCAAAGUUGCAGAUGGGCUUUGAAGCGGUCUACCAGCUGAUGAGAAUGUGCACCAUUCAAAUGAGCUUUGUUUUCUAAUCUCUUAGCACCACACCUACCGGUAAUUCAGAAUCAUUUUUGUUAUGCAUAGCUAAUGAUGACUUCUGGCUUCCUAUGUAGUUCUAAUUAUCAGGUAUACAGCUUUGGUGGAAAAACCAUAUGUUUAACAACAUGAAUACUAUAUUUUAAAUAACAACAUUUAAGUCUAUAGAUAUAUAUCAGUCUGUAUGUAUUUGUCUACAGGACAGCAGCAUAAGUUUGGAAUUUGGUUUAUGGCAGAAAAUAAACAUCCUGGGAAUUUAAGUGUCCCCAAUCUUCCCUUUUAAUGCUAAUGAAUAUUACAGAUGUUCUUUAAAUAAAAGAGUGUUACAGCACCAUAACACUUUAAAAAGACAAAAACAAAAAAUUAUGGUCACCACCAUUUUGGCAAUGUGUUGCCACUUCCCUACUGAAGCACUUUCAAUCCAAAAGAAAAGUUCAGUACUCUGGGUACUCACAUUUCAUGGACACCAGUGGGCAACUACACUCACAUUAGUAAGCAUGUGUAGUGCUAAAUAAAUUACAGAUUUUUAGUUUUAAGGAUCACUUGGAAUUCCUCCUCCCAAAGGUCUCUUAGGUGAACUAGACCUUCCCUUUCCCUUGACAGAGCAGCUACAUCACAUUCACUAGUAUCAACGUAGUGGGAUUAACAUUCAGAAAAAGGGUAAUAUCCCUGAAAGUGUUGAAAGUCACUUGCAAGUCUGCAUCUUACAGCAGAAGAACAGUAUUUUAUAAGAGCUUGGAGCCACCCAUCUGGAAGCGGCUGUCACAAACAUGUGUCCCGCAGACCCAUAAAGUCCCCAAAUCCCUCUUUAUUUUGAGAACUGCUAAAAACCAGAAAGGUUCAGUCUAUCCAGAUGACAACCACUGUGUAUUGUUCCAUGUGUUUUGUAAAACUUCCAAUUCUCCUUAUUUAUUUGUACAAGGAAAAAAAAAUCUGACUCCAGCUGUGGCUUAAAGUUUGCAAAGCAUUCUUCUUGUUGUCUCCUACCUUCUAUUCUGCAAACCAAAACAACCUUAUUUAUGAGAGACCUUUUGCCAAGUAAGUCAAAGAAACAAAGCAUAGGCUGGCUUGGAUCCAAAGACCCCGCUGUGCAAAUCUAAGGCCCUUCCUCUUGUGCAAGGUAGCUGCCAAUUUCCCCCUCAUCUGCAUCCCCCUCCAACUUCUCCAGAUCAUAUCCCAAAGUGGAGCCAGUUUUCAGGGGUUGCAGAUGGGGAAGGGAAUUAGUGAUCCCCUCUGCGUGUGGACAAAUGUAUUUCACUUACGCAAUGUGAUCUUUGGAACCAAACAAUUUACAACACUCCUCUUGGUUCCAUAAUGCUUAUUUUUUGAAUUAGCUAAACAGGUUUGAAAACACCUAUUAGUUCUAAAUCUGAAUGGUGGUGUGAGUACUUCUGUUCUUCUGUCUCGAUAGCUGCAGAGGCACCACAAAUAGAUUAAAGCCCAGCUGAAGACUGUCAUUAUUUAUGGAAAUGUUUUUCAAGAAUGGGAAUCUUAAAGUCUCCUCUCCCUCCUACUCAAAUCCUCUUCUCUACUUCACAAGGUAGAGAAAUGAACCUUCCAGCUAAAUCACAAUAUUGCAGGGAUGGUCCCUGGUGCCUUUCAGAUGUUAUUGAACAUACAGUUGAUGGAAGUUGUAGUAGUUCAGAAACAUCUGGAAGACAUUGUGUUGAAUACUGUUUAGCCACAACUGCCAACAGCUGAAUUUUUAUUCUGCCUUUCCUCCAAAGGGACCAGAGCAGUGUGAUGUACGUAGGUUAGGAUGAGAAGGAAAUGUGUUUUCCUCAGAAAUCCACUGAGCUUCCUAGCUAACCAGGGAUUUGAACAUAGGAAGUUGCCUUAUACUGAGGCAGACCAACAGGUCAAUGUAGUAGAGUGUUGUCUGCACCAGUGUUCUUCAACCUUGGGCUGCCAGAUAUUGUUGGACUACAACUCCCAUCAUCCAGAGCCAGAUUUUCCAUGGCCAGAAAUGAUGGGAGUUGUACUUUAGCAACGGAAUUCAAGCACACUCAUCUAUACAGAUCUGCAUUGGCUUUCCAGGGUUUCAGACAGCAGUCAUUCCCAGUCCUACCUGCCAGGGAUUGAACCAGGAGCCUUUGACAUGUAAAAACAUGUGCUCUGUCACUGAUCUAUGGCCCUUCCCCAAGCUGAGUUUAUCAUUCCUCUAAAAUAAUAAUAAUAAUCUAGGUUGCAAUCCAAACUCCCUUUCUUGGUUUGUUUGUUUGUUUUGUGGGGUGGAAGUGUCCUCCACCCAGCCCUGAUGGUCUUCACUGGCCUCCACCCACAGAGUGAUCAUUCCACUCACACAAAACUCCCCAUUUGUUUUGUCCAAUGAGUGGGAAGGUGGAAGUGCAUCUACUUGUAUCUCCACCAGUGGCAGCCUGCAAAAAGCUCCACUGACAAGGUUGCACCUUCCUUCAACCAGAAUUACUUUUAAAAUGUUGACUUAAUUCACCAAAUUCAAGAAAACUCACUCUGUAACCCUAUGCAUGACUAUUAGGAAAUCAAUUCUGUUGGGUUGCUGUUGGGGGGGCUAAUGUUUUGUUGUUUCUGUUUUAACUAUUUAUUUGUGCUUUUUCUUGUAUUUUUGUUUUGUGAACCACCAUGAGAUCUUUUGAUGAAGGGUGGUAUAUAAAUCUUAACAACAACAAUAAUAUAAUUUUAGCCACAAUAGCUUUCAAAUUUUGGCAACCUGAGCUACUGGUCCUUCUUGCAGGUGGAAGAUGAAGCUGGAUUGAACCCCACAUUCAUAAAAAUGUGGUGUGAACCUUCAUCUUUCCCUCUCACAGAUCUUUUUUUCUGGCUUCACUAACUUUGCUCACUUUAAUCUGACUUAUGUAUGUUUCAUUGCUGAUCUUAUUGAACAAAAUAAAAUGCAGUGACCU